AAUCAGAGUCACGAUUCGCUCUUUCUGAUUGCGGUGAGAGCUUCACCAUGAGGUGCAUUCUAAUUUUCUGGGUGCUUCUCGUUGCCCUCGAUGGUACAAAGAGUUUGGAGAAUGCAAAACCUUGUUAUCCAAGUGUCUGCAAAUUACCAGAAUGCAAGUGCAGUACCACAGAGAGCGGAAGUGCGAUUCCAACUUCUAAAAUACCGCAGAUUGUGAUGCUGACGUUUGAUGAUGCAGUAACACCAAUCACGUACGAUUACUUCCAGAAGGCACUGUUUGGUAGGAAAAAUCCUGAUGGCUGUCCAAUUGGUGUUACCCACUUCCUGUGCCACGAGUACACGGAUUACGCUAGAGUACACGAUCUCUGGUUACGAGGACACGAAAUUGCUCUCCACUCAGUGACACACACAGUGGAGGAUUAUUGGCGAGACAUAAAUCUAACAGUUUUCAAGUCUGAAUUCGACGACAUGAGAACAAUCAUUACGCACUUUGCUGGUGUACCCAAGAGUUACUUGCGGGGACUGCGGGUGCCGUUCUUGGAGCUAUCUGGAAAUAUUAGUUUUCAGGGGCUGAAGGAACUUGGCUUGAUAUACGACAGCUCAAUGCCCACAAUAAGGUACACUGAUCCAGCUCUGUGGCCGUAUACCCUGGAAUAUGCCAGUCAUCAGGAUUGCAUGAUAGAGCCAUGCCCAACAGCUAGCUUUCCCAACGUCUGGGAAGUACCCAUGAUUAUGUGGAAAGACGAGAAAAGCAUCAGUUGCAGUAUGGUCGAUGCCUGUGUCAACAUACCCAAACAGGCAGAGCCGCUUUCCAAAUGGUUCAUCAGCCAAUUCCAGCGACACUACAACAGCUCCAGGGCACCCUUUCCCGUUUUCAUGCAUGCCGCUUGGUUUACGAGGAGUCCUCAGUACUUCAAGGCUUAUCAAUUGUUUAUCGAUUAUCUCCAGUCACUGCCUGAUGUUUAUUUGGUGACCGUUGAUAAGGCCAUCGAGUGGAUCAAGAAUCCAAAACCCCUGGGUAUUAAGAAGCCAUUCGGUGAGUGCGAGGUCAGAAUUCCACCGACCAAGUGUGUCCCCAGGAGUUGUGGAUUAAAGACAGCCAGUGGUGACGAACGCUGGAUGUCGUCGUGCGUCGGUGUCUGUCCAAAUCGUUAUCCCUGGCUGUAUAAUCCCUUUGGAAAUUAGAGAUGGCACAUUGCCUGGGUGAAGGUAUUACGCCUCAUUAUGACGCGCUAGUGCCAUGAAAACCUCGAGGAUGAAAGUAAAUAAAUAAAUUGCACUGAAUUUUC